AUGGUUACCGAAGAUGUUUACUUCCAAAUGAUGAAGAACUGCUCGAAUUGGAACAGCCGAAAUGAAGAAGAACGUAGAAAACGGUAUCCAAUUAUUGACGCACAAACAGGCACAGCACAGAGACCCUCACAGAUCGCAAUACGAACUGUUGCUGACAGAUAUCCUGCUGCAACCCCUACGCAGUAUUGUACGUAUGUUAGCAAACGAUGGAGACGGAAAAAAGGCUCAAAUCCGUCCUCCGACGCAAUAGAGAUGAAAUAUAUUGUUCACUGCAAUCCAGCUAUUAAUGAUGUUUUAAAUCAAGCUGCUUCUGCGCCUUCGACAGGUGAAGGUAAUUUUGACAAUGAAGUAGAGGAUCCCAGCGAAGAGGAAAUGGUAGAAGCUUCUGAUGAAGAUGACUGGUCGGAUGGAAAAAGGAAAAGAAGGCGAAAAAAUGCAGCUGAAGGUCCUCGUCGUGGUCGUCGGCCGGCAGCAACAUCCUCUUCGAACACAUCUGCCAAUUCUUCUGCUUCCAUGAAUGCACAUUGUACCUCAUCGACUGCUCAGCCUGCCGAUCCAAAACCUUUUGGUUGCCAACUUUGCGCUGCUAGAUAUAAAAGCCGAGCUGGUUUAAAUUACCAUUGUGCAAACGUUCAUCCAAGUGCACAGAGCCCAAAAGGGACGCCGCAACAUCCUUUAAUGUCGCCUAACAUUGAAGUUUCUACUUUUUGUGACAUUUGUUUGGGUGAUUGCAACGAGAAUAAAAAAACAGCAAAACCUGAGCAGUUGGUUAGUUGUCAUGACUGUGGGAGAUCAGGACAUCCCACUUGUCUUGGUUUUAAAGAAAAUAUGAUUAUAUCAAUUAAAAAAUAUGGAUGGCAGUGCCUUGAAUGCAAAAGUUGUGCCAUAUGUGGGUUUUCAGAUAAUGAUGACCAGUUGCUGUUUUGUGACGACUGUGAUCGAGGUUUUCAUUUAUAUUGUCUCAAACCGCGUUUGUCGAAAGCUCCUGAAGGCGAGUGGAGUUGUCAUCUCUGUCAGAAGGAAUUUGGUUCCAAAGCUUCUUUACCUGCAAGCCAUUAA